AUGGUCCGCUUCCUUACUUUCCUCGCUCUUCUGCUCAGCACAGCUGAAGCUGGUCUCUACAAGGACCCUCGACAAUUUCCCCAGGAUUGCAAAGCCGCUACGCAAGACGCCAAGGGCGAGAUGGUCGGCCAGGCGUGCUCCACGAAUAAGGACUGCCCCAAGCCGAGCAAGGAGGCUUGUGCCGCCAAGGACCCAAGCUACCCGAUGAAGAAGAUCUCUCAGAGUCCAGCAAUGUGCAUUGAGGGCGCGUGCCGCUCCGUCAUCAAGUACGAAAAGGAAGAAUGCGAUUGCCUCUCGGGUUGCUUCGCGGACAGCAGGAGCUCGGUGCCCUUGACGUGCACCGGCGGCCAAUGCACCGUUCCCGAAUGUGCCCCCUGCGGCGAGGCACCCAACGGUCGGCGAUGCUGCGGCAACGGAGUGCGGGGGAACGAUGGAAAAUGUUUCUGCGUGGAUUUCUCUGCCGGAGGAGGUUGUCUCAGUGGCGGUUCAUGUAAAGAUAACACAAAGUGCUGCAGCUCUGGAAAGUACGAGGGAAAGUGCUGCACGCAGUGUAACGAUCCUACGAAGCCUUGCUCUUAACUCUUGGGGACAUGGAAUAGUUUCAAUGGCAACGCAGGGCUGGAGUCAGCCGUCACUACAGCCAGCAGAUGUGUCUUUUGGGGAUAUGUUCUGGGGAAAUGGUAUGCGGCAGGUCAUCUAUUAG